GCCGCGAUUUCUCAUUCGGUUGAUCGGGGUCGAGAGCCUUUGCGGAGGCGCCUGAUUUCUGACUCUGGCUGACAACGGAUGAUGUCAAUCUAUUCGUGCCUGCCUCCGAGUCAUCAGAUGCACAUGCGGAUGAAAACUUUGGCACACACCUUGAUUAGCGGAACCUGAAGCGCUGCGUAUUCAAGAAAGACGGCGAGGAGCCUUCCAGAUUUGUCCCUCCUCCCCCCCACUUUCUCUACACGCCAUGGAAGUGGCCAAUCUAGUCCUGGCUGUCGCUAUGGGCUUGAGCAUUGCCAUCGCUUCGAUCAAUUGGGCCAACAGUAUUCGACAGGGACGCGUUCGAGUGGAAGACUGGAGUCGAUUCGAAGACAGCGGCUACUCUCUCCGGGAAGAGGACGUGUUCUUGAAAAGACUCGAACACAGGAAAUACGUUGUGCUCGGCCUCCUUCUAGCCAACCUUGUGUUCGAAAUCUCCGGUGCGCAGCCGACACUUGCAGCGGUGAUCUCUAUCUAUAUGCUCCUCCUCGUCCUCUUUUCUGCACACGAAACCUACGUGUAUCAUCUCUCCGCCCUCACUCUCGUUGGGAGCUUGAUCAGUGGACGGAAACUACUUCUGCCAACAUACACCCAUAGGAACUGGACGCACGGCCUGGUCUUCGCGAUGAAUGCGCUUCUGUGCUUGAUCUCGCUCACCACUCCUCUAUCUCCUCCCAUGACGUACGGGAGGACGCGGCGCGUCGCUGAAAACGCGACAGGGUCCAUCCUAAACUCGGCGCUGUUCCUGUUCACAACGGAGAUUUUCUCGCUGCGUCAUCUCCCCUCGUUCGAGAUCCACGACCUGCCGAUCUUGCCGGCCAACAUUCGCACAGCCUGGAAUCUAUCGGCUCCCCACUCGGGUGCACAUCCGAUUAUCUCCCAGCUGUUGCGCGUCAAUCUCUCAUCAGUGACCCGUGUGGGACUGCUUUCGUUUGGGCUGGCAUUUGUCUACUACGCGCCGUCGUUCUUCCUGAACAGAUUCCUCCAGUAUCUCGAAGACGAUACGAGCCGGUCCGAGAGAGGCGCAGCUUGGAUAUGGGUCUGCGGUCUGGGUGUAGCGCAUUUUGCGCUCGCGUUAGCCAUGUCGCAACAGCAAUUCGUUGGCCACGUUCUCAAAAUCAAACUCCGUCUUCAGCUGAACACGCUUCUGUUCUCAAAGACGCUGCUGAGGCAGAAUGUGUCUGCAGAGUCCUCCGAGGAUGCCGUCAACUCAAAGGCGGAUAUCAUCGCUCUCAUGUCCAGUGACGUCGAGCAAGUCGUGGGUUUGGCUGAUGCGAUUUACGACAUCGUGGACACACCCGUAGAGAUUCUGGUGGGUAUAUUCUUCCUCUAUAGGCUUCUCGGCGUUUCGUCCCUUGUCGGCCUCGUUGUGGUUCUGAUUUGCCUUCCUCUCCACCACGUGAGUGGAUCUGUCGUGGCUCAAACGCAACGGAAUUUGGUGCAUGCGCGGGAUGAACGGAUUGCGCUAACAAACGAGAUCCUCGGAGCUAUUCGUAUGCUCAAGUUUAUGGCUUGGGAAAUACGGUUUGAGGAAAAGGUUCUCCGGAUCAGAAUGAAAGAGUUGGCAUACCAAAAGCUGACAUACACAAUCGAGAUGCUGUGGACAGCAAUGGGUGACUCCGUCCCGAUACUUUUUGCGAUCACUUCAUUCUGGCAUUUCACUGUCAUAAGAGGACAGGAUUUGACCCCAGCCAUCGCCUUUACUGCUCUUUCGAUAUUCACCGAGAUCCAAUUUGCGAUCAAGGGAAUUCCUGCCGCUAUCAUCAACAUCAUCAAAGCUUCUGUCUCCCUCAAUCGUAUCCAAAGAUAUCUAGACAGUCCCGAAGUGACAUCUGUUGUUUCCGGGAUUUCUGCUUCAAUCGAGCUCAAAGCUGCCACAAUUGCCUGGCCAAAGGCGGUGCUGAGCUCGGAUUACGAGCAGUUCACCCUCAAGAACGUCACGGUCUCUUUUCCUCCUGGAUGCCUAAGCCUUGUUUGUGGGAAAUUCGGAUCAGGCAAAUCGCUGUUGCUAUUGGGACUCUUGGGUGAAGCAAACAUUGUGGAGGGGACGGUGACUUGUCCGCGCUCGCAUCCAAAUUCUCUGGAAUCGCUUUCCGGGCGGAUUGAUCCCGAGGGCUGGGUGGUUCCGGGUGUGACUGCCUAUGUUCCACAGACUGCGUGGCUGCGAAACCAGUCGAUCAAAGACAAUAUUCUGUUCCAUCUCCCACUGGACGAAGCCCGUUAUCGUGCGACUCUGCAUGCCUGUGCUUUGGUUGCUGAUCUGCAAGUGCUCGAGGAUGGUGAUGAGUCCGAGAUUGGAGAGCACGGGGUCAAUCUAUCUGGCGGCCAGAAAGCCCGAGUGUCGCUCGCUCGGGCAGUGUACAGCUGUGCUUCGACUCUCCUUCUCGACGACGUACUCUCCGCAGUGGACAGCCAUACAGCGCACCACAUCUACCAUCACUGUCUGACAGGGCCGCUGAUGCAAGACCGGACCGUCAUCCUUGUGUCGCACCACGUGCAGCUCUGUGCGCCAGGAGCAGCCCUGGUCGUUGCACUCCAGGAUGGGAAGGUGGCGUUUCAAGGUGACGCGGAUGGGUUCAGCAGGAAAAUGGGGAUAUUUGACCUUUCUGAACACGGACGGGACAACACAGAGCCUGAUCGAGCCUCAGUGGCAACAGCAACUACAGUCGUAGACGACACGGAUCCUUCGCGGAGAAAACCCGCUCGUAAAUACGUCGAAGAAGAGUCCCGAUCUCAUGGUGUGAUAGACAGCGAUAUCUGGGUGACUUACAUGCGCGCAGCUGGAAGUUAUCGGUAUUGGAUGGGCCUGGCGGUCAUUUUGUUUAUGGGAGGGGCCAGUGCUCUCUUGGAAAACGGAACAUGGUCAGCCUCGGACGCGACAGAGAGCAGAGGAGCAAUGUUUUAUGUCGGGGUUUAUGCUGGAUUGACUCUCGCUGGCCUGGCAGUCAAGACGUUCAGAUGGUUCAUGCUCUAUUCCGGUUCAAUUCAAGCGUCUCGUACGAUCUUUCAAGAUCUGCUCCACUCGAUUCUGAAUACCACCAUCCACUUCCACGACACCAUCUCACGUGGUCGCGUCCUCAACCGGUUCGGCAAGGAUCUCGAAGCUAUCGAUAAGCAGGUAGCUGUCACUGUGGGUCAUUCUGUGAUGGCUCUCGUGUCAGCCAUGAUCACCUUCUGUGUGAUGACCUUGAUCGGGGGCUGGGUGUUCUUCGCGGUCUCUCUAUUUUUAGGGGCUGUGUACUUCCACUCGUCGAUAUCAAGUUCCCCACUUCAUUCUGUUUACUGGGAGACCGUGUCCGGUAUCACCACACUGCGCGCGUUUGGUGCAUCGUCGCAAUUUAUGACUAAUUUGAUCAAGAUAUUGGAUAAUAACACAGCCCCAUUGUACUGGACUGCCGCUAUGGGUCAAUGGCUGGGACUGCGCUCCAAUGCGCUUACCGGCGUCUUGACUUUUGCUGUAGCUAUCAUGGCUGUCUUCUCUCCCCGCAUCGAUGCUGGGUUGACUGGGUUUAUGAUCCUCUUCGCUACACAAGUGACCAACGAUGCUAUGCGCUACUCGGGCCUCGAACAGGAUCUGGUCUCGCUCGAGCGCAUCAAAGAAUACUCCGAGCUGACUCCAGAGGUCUCUUCGGAUUGCGAGCUCAUUCCACCGCCCAAGUGGCCGCAGCAGGGCUCUAUCCGAUGCGAGAAUCUGGUUGUCCGCUACAGACCCGAAUCACCUCCGGUUCUGCACGGUUUGAAUUUCGACAUCAAGCCCGGAGAGAAGAUCGGGAUUGUGGGCCGCACAGGCUCGGGCAAGAGCACCCUUGCCCUCAGUCUGUUCCGAUUCAUCCCGCAUUUCGAAGGCACGAUCUUCGUCGACGGGCUGGACAUCAGCAAGAUUGGUCUUACCGAGCUUCGGCGCAGCUUGACUAUCAUCCCGCAGGAUCCGACGAUACUCAGCGGCACUCUGAGGUCUACUCUGGAUGUGUUUGGCGAGCACACGGAUUCAGAGAUCUUCGACGCUCUCCGCCGUGUGCAUCUAAUCUCGAACCAAGAUUCUGAGCCAGAGAUGGGCGGAGAACAAAUCAAUGUCUUCCGGAAUCUUGAUUCACCUGUCUCGGAAGGCGGUGACAAUUUGUCCUUGGGGGAGAAGCAAUUGAUAUGCAUGGCAAGGGCCGUCCUCAAGCAUAGUCGAAUUCUGAUCAUGGAUGAGGCUACAGCUAGCCACAGGGCGUUCAAGGCCAGCACAGUCUUGACGAUCGCCCAUCGACUUUCGACAAUCUUGACCUAUGACCGGAUCAUGGUCCUUGAUUCAGGGCAAAUAGUCGAAUUCGACAGGCAAGUGGUUUCUCCUGCUGCUCUGCUUGCCGACUCGACAACAAGAUUCCAUGCGAUGUACAAAGCGACUGGGGGCAGAAAGCCGGGAGUAUAGCUGGCUCAUGAUAGAUUGUGAUCAAUCCAAUAAAUGGAAGGCAGAGUCUGCAGGUGCAAUUAAAAUGAUGUUAUCCGC